AAUUGAGUAUAAAAGCUAAGCUUCACUUGAGUUGAAGCAUCAGUCAAUCAACAGCUUUCUUCUAGUUUCCAUAGCAGCAGAACCAAAGAUUGAGAUCAUGUUCAAGCUGAGCCUUUUCGCUAUUGCACUCAUUGUGCUGGAUGCAGCCAAUGCUGGCACCUUGGAAUGGCCCGCCAAUCUUGUGGCUCUCAGCCAGCCGAAGUCCUCGCAAGUGUUGCCUCUGCCCGUCAGCGAGGAGUCCGCUGAGAUUGCAACUGAGAGCAGUGCCAAUGCCAAUAGCGCUGCUGCAGCUGCCGAGUCCGAUGAAGAUGAACUCUCUGAGGCAUCCAGUGGCAAUGCGGAGGCUCUCGAUGCUCGUCUAGUUUCAGCUGUGCCACUCUCCGUUCCCUUGCCACUGAUUGUUGCCGCUCGCCCAGGACUCCGCACCGUUCUGACCAUUCGGGAACCCGCCUUGGCCAAUGUGGGCAAUAUUGUGGAGCAUGUGCCCACAGCUAUCUCGCAUCAAAGUCAGACUGUUGUCCAUGACCAUAGACGUCUCGUCACUCCGAUUGUGGCUCCCGCUGUGCGCACCACACAGCUUGUUCGCCAACAGCCGCCCUUGGUCUGGACUGUGUCCGCUGAUCCCCGCCUCGUUCUGCUGCGCAACUAGACAGAGAUAAGGACAACAACGUUGACAACAAGAUGAAACCAAAGAGAAAACAAUUGCCAAAUUAUUUCUAUUAGCUAACCGAUCUACUCUACUCUAACUUUUCUGCCUUUUUUAUGCUGUACCUGCCAUUUUCUACUACUUUAGUCUCUCUCUAGUUCGCUUCUCUUCUCUUCUUAUCUGUACUGUUCUUUUUUUUCUGGAAUAAAGAAUUCGAAUUUGCAA